AAAUGUUUUUAAGAUGGCGGCCGAAUGGCGCGUGCGCAAUGUGGAUUGCUGGCAGUUUGUUUCCUGAAAGUGACUGACCGCAUUGACCAACAUUAAAACACAUUUAUAUGAGAUAUGGCGUCGCGUUUGACAACCAGGAGGAUGUUUUGUGCCAUGAGGGAAUCAGCAAGCUUUCUUCACUCACAAAGUCGCUGGGAAAAACUGAAAAACAGCAAAGCAGGUGUGUGGAGUCGCAGUCUGGCCUCUGACUACAAAGAGGCGUGUCGGGAAAUGGUUGUUGGCAUCUAUGAGCAUCCUGUCAAAGCAUCGGUGUAUGUUACCCUCCUUGGUGGAGCAUUGACCUGUUUCCUCUCAAAACCUGACAAGUCGUCCUUUGAGGCCGCCCUGCUGGAGCGCUCUGGUCAGCUGGGCCUGCUGUCAUCAUGGAUCCGCAGUGCAACUGCCGAUAAACAUGUGCAAAAUCUGCUUAAGCUUCGCAAUGAGGGCCGUUUGCGACACAUCAACCUGGGCAUACUCUCUAUUGUUUAUUCUACCGACUACGACCUUGACAGCACACUUUAUGAAGUUCAGUGUUCUAGUUUGUCAGUACUUUGGAGAAACCUACCUGGACGGGUAUUGGAUGUAGGCUUUGCUGGCCGCUGGUGGGUUCUGGACUUCAAGAUGAAAAACUAUGACGUUAAUGAAGAGGAGUUCACACACCUGCCUGUGCAUAUGCAAGUAACAGCACCACCCAGUGUUCAAGAGGUGGAACUGAAUGAGCGACUGCACAGAGACUCCUGGUUAGCACUGAAACUUCAAGUUGAGGAGAAAUAAGUCAGUCAGGAUGGAUAGAAUCAGAUACAUACAUAUCAAAUACAUAUAAAGAUAUUGAAUUUUGAAACUGACUGGAGUGUAUAUAAAAUCCAAAUGAUAUUUGACAUACUGGACUGGUCAACAUUUGAGUUUCCACAGUAUCAUGUGAUUUGGUUAUUGACUUUAAAGCCAUUCUUUGGAGGCAUUAACAAUAAAAGACUUCAACUCA